AUGGCAGUCAAGCAGGGAAAUACACAGCUGAGGAUGAUGGGCAGUGAAAGUGGAAAGAUGAAGGGAGCUCUUGAGAUAGCCAUUUUUGGGAAAUUUUCCAGAAAUGUGCAUUCGACAAUUGUGGGAAGAGCUGCAGAGUGCAGUUUCCGACAACCAAUUGUUUAUGCAGAAACGUUUCCUAAAAUGGCCAUGUCGGAAUCAUCAUCAAACUUUCCAUUUUUCGUAUUCUUCUUCAACUGUCUGCUUGCUUGCUCAGCCAUGGCAGCAGACGACACAAUCACCGCCGACCAAUCUGCACUCCUUGCCCUAAAACUCCAAAUCAGCCACGACCCUUCCAAUUCCAUAUCCAAAAACUGGUCCCACAAUUCCAGUGAUGCCUGCACCUGGAUCGGAGUCACCUGCAGCUCUCGCCGCCACAGGGUCACCGCUCUCAACCUUGCCGGAAUGAACCUCACCGGAAAACUCCCGCCGCACAUCGGAAACCUCUCAUUUCUCACCCUUUUGGAUCUGAGCAAAAACAACUUCCACGGCGGCGUGCCUAAUGAGUGGUCCAAACUCCGGCGGCUCACGUCCCUUAAUCUUCAGGUCAACAAUCUCGCCGGAGAAAUCCCACCAUGGCCCUUCUCCUUGCCCCGAAUCCAAUCCCUGAAUCUCAGAAACAACAGCUUUUCCGGCACGAUCCCAUCGGCCCUGGAAAACAAUUCCAGGCUGGAAAUUCUCGACCUGUCGUUCAAUCCCCUGCGUGGAGAGAUUCCUCAGGAGAUUGGGAAUCUUCGAAACCUGAAACUGCUGAGCCUUCAGUACAACCAGUUGAGUGGUUCAUUGCCCUCUACAGUCUUCAACAUUUCGACAAUGGAACUUCUGGCAUUUUCGGGGAAUGGUCUGUCCGGAAGCCUCCCGAGCACGAUCUGUCAGGGCCUUCCAAAUCUUGUCGGGCUCUACAUUUCUUUCAACCACCUGACAGGACAAAUUCCAAAGAAUCUGUCCCAAUGUUCGAAUCUAAAGAUCCUGUCUUUCUCUUUCAACCUAUUCAGUGGAACAAUUCCCGGAGAGCUUGAAAAUUUAAAGAUGUUGGAAACACUGCACUUGAGCUCCAACACUCUAACAGGUUCAAUUCCAGAAGAACUAGGCAACAUAUCGACCCUGAGGAGAUUAUCCAUGGGAGACAACCAGCUUGAGGGUUCAAUUCCGAACAAGCUCUUCCACAUGGCAUCACUGACCUUCUUAAACAUUGCUAACGGUAACAUUUCCGGUGUGUUGCCAAUGGAUAUAUGUUCCAGUCAUAAACAGCUAGAAGAAAUUAAUCUCUUGGGGAAUCGAAUCGGCGGCUCUAUUCCCUCAAGAUUAUUUGAAUGCUCGGGGCUUCGGAUCUUGCAGCUUUGUACUUCUUGUGAUCUAAUAAUCCAUUCACUUACAAUUUCCUCAGGAACAAUUCCUGAAGAAGUGGGAAGACUAAAAAACUUGCAGAUAUUAUCACUUGGAGACAAUGAUUUAAGAGGUUCGAUUCCGGAAAGUAUAUGGAAUAUCUCAUCUUUAACUGCAUUGGCAAUUGGAGGAAACAAACUCCAUGGCAAUCUUGCAUCAGAUUUAGGCCACAAAUUGCCUGAUCUUGAAAGAUUGGAUCUGUCUUCUAACAACUUAACCAGUGAGUCCCCAAACUUGAGCUUUUUAAGUUCAUUGAUCAACUGCACAAAGUUAGUAAAACUAGCACUGAGCGACAAUCCGUUGCGCGGAAACCUUCCAGCUGCAAUAGGGAGCCUUUCUUCUCUACAAUAUCUGUAUUUUUCGAAUUGUCAUCUCAGUGGCAGCAUUCCUGAUGAAAUUGGUAAUUUGAGAAGUUUAGUAUUACUAAGUCUUCAUAAAAAUGACUUUUCUGGAUCGAUUCCCAUGACGUUAACAGGCAUGGAAAGCCUCCAGGGAUUAUAUAUUUGGGGUUGUCGAAUAACCGGGACCAUCCCUACCACAUUAUGCCGGUUAAAAAACUUGAAUCACCUCUACUUGAGUGAUAAUCAACUUCACGGCGCGAUUCCAAAUUGUUUAGGAAGUCUAACAAGUCUUCGCGCGGUUUCUUUAGGUAGAAACAAGUUGAACUGCACAAUACCAAUUAGCUUGUGGGAUCUUAAAGAUCUUCUAGAAUUGGACUUAUCGAUGAACUCCUUGGUAGGUCCUUUAUCACCACAAAUAGGAAAGGUUAAGGUUGUACAUUCUGUUUAUUUGUCAUCGAAUCAAUUGUCCGGCAUCAUUCCUAAUGAGAUAGGAGAGUUGCAAAAUUUGGCCACUCUUUCUUUAUCCAACAACAGAUUUGAAGGGGUGAUCCCGGAGUCGACAUCUAGAAUGUUGAGCAUAGAGUCCCUUGACAUGUCUUACAACAAUCUCUCUGGUUCGAUCCCAAUUUCCAUGGAGAAGCUUGUGUUUCUCAACUACCUUAACGUUUCUUUCAAUGGUUUAAGCGGCGAAAUCCCUUCUGGCGGUCCAUUUGGAAACUUUGUCGAUCAAUUCUUCCUUCACAACAAGCAAUUAUGUGGAGUUGGAAGACAUAACAUCCCCCCUUGUGCAUCUACCAAGAUUAGGCGAAAAAUGAAACUUCAAAUGCUUGUCUACGCAUUCGCUGCCACAUUAUCGAUGAUUUUGGUUAUGGCCUUGAUAAUAUUGUCAUUUUUAUUUGCUAGAUCUCGAAGCAAAGAAAAGAUUCAAAAUCAUUCGCCUUCGCCUUUGGGGCCAACCGAUUUAAUACCAAGAAUUUCUUACCAUGAGCUUGUUGAGGCAACCAUGGCAUUCAGUGAUGCAAACUUGCUUGGCAGUGGAAGUUUUGGAAGCGUAUAUAAAGGGACUCUUGGCGAUGGUAAGAAUGUGGCGGUAAAAGUUUUCCAUCUGCAGUUAAAAGAUGGUUUCAAGAGCUUUGACAUAGAGUGUGAAGUAUUAGGUAAACUUCGCCACAGAAAUCUUUGUAAAGUCAUUACUUCUUGCUCCAGCCAUGACUUCAAGGCAUUGAUCCUCGAAUAUAUGCCUCUCGGAAGCCUCGAAAAAUGGAUGUAUUCGCACAACCAUUUCUUAACUAUGGCACAGAGAAUCGAUGUUGCCAUGGAUGUAGCUUGUGCCUUGGACUAUCUCCACUCUGGCUAUUCGACCGCCAUUGUUCACUGUGAUUUAAAGCCAAGAAAUGUACUUCUAGACGAAGACAUGGUUGCCCAUUUGUGCGAUUUUGGCAUCGCGAAGCUGAUGGGUGAGACCGAAAGCUUCACACAAACUGCAACACUCGGGACGAUUGGGUACAUUGCACCAGGUAUACUUUACAACUACAUUUUUAAAUUUUGUAAUUUGUUAGUUAUGCUUAUCAUGAUCUUUGAUCCAUUUUGAUAACAGAGGUUGGAAACAGUGGACUUGUGUCGACCAAAUCCGAUGUCUAUAGCUUCGGCAUUGUGCUGAUGGAAGUUUUCACGAGAAAGAAGCCUAUGUACGACGCUUUCGGCGAAGAUUUUUGCAUAAGAA